UAGUUUGGUCUUUCAUAAACGAACACGCAUCGUACCUAACUAUCUUGUUUAUUGCAACUACCUUACAGAUUUUGAAGCUCCUAACAAUGGCUUCUUUCUCUGGUCAAACCCGCAUUAUCGCUCUUCCAUGGCUAUUGCUCGCAAUCAUUGGGGGUUCAUUAUGUGCGAGAAAGGAGGUGAAUGGAAGCAUCGAAGAAGCGAAUCAAAGAGAGUUUGAUUACUUCGCGUUGGCUCUGCAAUGGCCUGUCACCUACUGCCGCCGCACUCGCCAUUGUUGCUCCUCCAAUGCUUGCUGCAGAGGCUCUAAUGCUCCAACAGAAUUUACCAUUCAUGGACUCUGGCCUGAUUAUAAUGAUGGAAGUUGGCCAUCCUGUUGCUCCCGAACUAGUUUUGACGAAAAGGAGAUAUCAACAUUGACCAAUGCUUUAGAGCAAUAUUGGCCAUCAUUAAGUUGUGGCUCACCAUCAACAUGUCAUGGUACAAGAGGGUCAUUUUGGGCUCACGAGUGGGAGACGCAUGGCACAUGCUCAUUUCCUGUGAUUCGAGAUGAAUACAAUUAUUUCUUGACAACACUGAAUGUCUAUUUCAAAUACAAUGUGACUAGAGUUCUAAAUGAAGCUGGGUAUGUUCCUUCUAAUAGAGAAAAAUACCCCCUUGGAGGCAUUGUCUCUGCCAUUGAGAAUGCCUUCCAUACAACUCCUCAAGUAGUUUGCUCACAUGGUGCAGUGGAGGAAAUUCGUCUAUGCUUCUAUAAAGACUUCAAGCCACGAGAUUGUGGAGUUGCAUCUGACAUUAAAAUUGACAUGGUUACUUCAAGAUCGUCAUGUCCCAAAUACGUCAGCCUGCCAGUACAUGUAUCAUCUGGAGAGACUCUUUUCCAUAUGCCCUUGCUGAUUAAUAUAGCAUUAGUCGCGUUCACGCUGGUUUUUCUUCUUGCUGUAACUGAUGGACCUCUCCAGUGGAUAGAAGUUUUUUAAAACAAAGAAAAAACUUUUCCGGGUUUCACAGAUUUCUUGAUGGAUCUUGUCUUUCUAAAAAUUAGUUUGUUCUUUGCUCGCUGUCAGCACUAUCUGCUGCCAUUUCAGAGUCAAAGAUGGACUGUGUAUAGGUUUCUGUAACAGUGCAACCUGUUUUUGCCUGCAUAUGUAUUCUUCCAAGAUCCAUGUUCGAAAUGUUCAGGUUAUGCUUAUUUUUCAUGCCCUACCCAUACUUUCUUUUUUGCCAAAAUCCGUAUUUUAGAAACCUGCUUUUCUUUUUUUCCAUUUUAUAUAUCCUCAUUGGUAUAUUAGAAUUUGGAAGCAGGUGAAUCGUCAAGUCAUCACUUUAUCGAACAAUAAUCCAUUUUGUGCUAAUCUGUAGUAUAUAUACAUCAUAGAUAGAUAGCGUUUAUGGUUCCAGUCGCCAUUUUAACAGGCAACGACAUGCACUCAUAAAGUUAAUAAGUGCUCACCAUGGAAGAUAGAGAAAUCACUGUGCAUGACGCUUGUGUGUGUGUGUGUGUUUGUCACCUCUCUGCAUAUGUAUUUCAUAAUGGAGAUGACAUUGCUUUUAUUCAUCAUAUUAUUUAUCCAACAUUAACUGAUUAAUAACAUCCAAUAAUAAGUGACUAUACCUGAUCGCUGUGACUGUGUGUGAACUUGCCAUGGGAAAUGCAUAUCACUAGCACCAAGUAAGGUUCAGAUGAGUGAAUAAAUGCACACACAUACAUAUGUAUGAUUGGUCCAUAAAACACCUAUAAUCAGACUGUGGGAGCAGAUCAAAUCAAAGUAUUAGUUUGAUGUAAUGAUUACAAAGGUGACUCAUCCUGUUAAAAAUGACUUGUGCUAAAGUUCAGGAUGUUUAAAUACUCUGCAUUCACAAAAAUAAAUAUAUAUAAUACAUUCCGAAGAGAUGAAAAAGGAGGGAAAGUAAAAAAGUGAGUUUAAAGAUAUGAUGUGAAAUUGAUACAUAAUCACAUUCUUUCAUGUGAUAUA